AUGCCGCCAAUUUCCUUCCUCCCUUUCCUACAAACUGUGCCAUGGGGCACACGCGUCUUAACCGCGCUCCUCAUCUUUGCCUCCCUCACGCAGUUCGUCCUUUCCUCGAUCGUUCGUGAAAACUCGUCCGUCUUGCCCUCAUAUGGACACGAACUACCCUGGCUGGUACUGGUCCCAAAGACGAGUUGGAAGUUUCCAUGGACCCUCCUCACAUCUGGCUUCGUCGAGCUGAAUCUCAUCGAGCUCGUCUUCUCUCUUGUCACGGUCCCUCUGGCAUGUCGUUAUCUGGAACGACUCUGGGGCAUCCGAGAGCUCGCUCGAUUCACAUGCGUGGUCAUCGUGGCGUCCAACAUCAUUGCGUUUGGGUUUGCCUGGAUCCUCUACAUCGUUCUCGGCUCUGAUGCGGUCAUCGCAGGCUUGCCGUUCCAUGGCCUGUCUGCUCUUCAGUCAGGCAUUCUGGUGGCGUUUACGCAGAUCAUCCCAGAGCACCAGAUUCAGCUUUUCGGUGUUCUGAAAGCGCGAGUCAAGACCAUCCCUGGCGUCUUCCUUCUCGUCUCCAACGUACUCGUUGUGAUCCUUGGACCGUCUCCAUACAUCCUGAUCCAGUUCGGCUUCUUUGUCGCUUGGGUGUACCUACGCUUCUUCAAGCUGUCAGAGAACGGCGAGUAUCGAGGUGACAGGAGCGAGACGUUCGCUUUCCAGUACUGGUUCCCUCCUAUUGUUCGGCCCUACAUUGUCGUCGUUUCCAAUCAUGUGUUUCACCUCGCGGUGAAGAUGCGACUGGUUCAGCCUUGGGAGGACACGAUGGGCACGCCCUACGCUGUGCUCCCUGGUCCAGGCGGCGCCAGGGCGGAGGCCGAGCGCCGACGUGAGCUGGCCUUGAGGGCUCUUGAUGCUCGUUUGGCCACUUCGUCGCCGGCGCCACCGGCUCCACCUACGACAACGCAAACCCCGGGCACCACCACCGAACCCGCACCCGAAGGUUCUAACACUCAGUAG